AUGGUUGUUUUGAAUCCAAAUAACUGGCAUUGGGUGGACAAGAAUACGUUGCCAUGGACUGUACAAUAUUUUAACGAUAAUUUUCAAAAUUUCAAAUAUCAAGAUUUUAUCAUUUCAAGUGUCAUUAAAGUCGAUGGUGAUUCUAACGUUUCUCAAAGAAAGGGCAAACCAAUUUGUUAUUUCGAUUUGCAAUUAGAAUUCGCCGUUCGUUGUGAAAAGGAAGAUGGUGAUGACGAAGAAGGGAAAAUCGUCGUACCUGAAUUUAUGCAUGAUGAAACUGAUUUUGAAAUCAAGAUUGAUGAAUUUAGUGGUAAAAAAGAUCAAAGAAAUGAUUUUAUAAAUGAAUUCAGAUCGAAAUUGUUACAAUAUCAGAACGAUUUAAUCACCGAACAUUCAAAGGACCUACAACAUGAUAAAUAG